AUGGGGCCCCUGUGUCCUUGCCCAAACUCAAAAAGCCUAUGAAAAAGGUACCAGGGACAUCUCAUGGGGCCCCCUACUGACCCUGGGCUCUCAAAUAGGGGAUCAUGGGGCCCCUGUGUCCUUGCCCAAACUCAAAAAAGCCUAGGAAAAAGGUACCAGGGGCAUCUCAUGGGGCCCCCUACUGACCCCAGGCCCUCGGGCAGUGCCCGAGUUUCCAAAUGGUCAGUCCGCCCCUGAUCAGGAACAAGUAUCAAGCAGGAGAGUAAUCAGAGUCAGGUCAGGAACAA